AUGUGCCUGGAAUGGAUUGCGGAAAGUGCGACCCCGCAAGAGGGCUUGGCGGGUGAGCGAGUGCUGGGUAAGCGGGUGCUGGAUUAUGGCUGCGGCUCUGGCAUAUUGGCUAUCGCAGCGGCCAAGUUUGAUGCCAGUAGCGUAGAUGCGGUGGAUAUAGACCCAGCCGCGGUGGAGGCUACUUUAUAUAAUGCAAACAAAAAUGCCGUGCAGCUGCAAACC